GGGAGGUCUGGGGGGACCAGGCUAGGGGCAGAGCGUGCGGAACCACGGAGCGGGCAGCCAGCCGGGCAGCCAGCCCCACUCCAGAGUGACCCUGAGUCUCGGCGGGACCCGAGUCCGACCGGACCCUCGAAGCAUCGUCCACGUUCCCCAGCCGCGCUCCGGAUUCUCUCGCGCCGCGUAGAGGAGCUUGCUCGAGCAUCUCCCGUGCGGCCGCCGCUGGGGCUAGGAGUAGGGACACCGAGGGCCACAGAUCACCCACCCCCCGAGCCCGAGCGCAGCCCCUUCCCACCGUCGGAACCGCCAUGACCCACUUCAACAAGGGCCCUUCCUACGGGCUCUCCGCCGAGGUCAAGAACAAGAUUGCAUCCAAGUAUGACCAGCAGGCGGAGGAAGAUCUGCGCAACUGGAUAGAAGAGGUGACGGGCAUGGGCAUUGGCACCAACUUCCAGCUGGGCCUGAAGGACGGCAUCAUCCUUUGCGAACUCAUAAACAAGCUACAGCCAGGCUCUGUGAAGAAAGUCAAUGAAUCCUCACUGAACUGGCCUCAGUUGGAGAAUAUCGGCAACUUUAUUAAAGCCAUUCAGGCUUAUGGCAUGAAGCCCCAUGACAUAUUUGAAGCAAACGACCUUUUUGAGAAUGGCAACAUGACCCAGGUUCAGACUACACUGGUGGCUCUAGCGGGCCUGGCGAAAACAAAAGGGUUCCAUACAACCAUUGACAUUGGAGUUAAGUAUGCCGAAAAACAGACGAGACGUUUUGAUGAAGGCAAGUUAAAGGCUGGCCAGAGUGUAAUUGGUUUACAGAUGGGAACCAACAAAUGUGCCAGCCAGGCAGGUAUGACAGCCUAUGGGACCAGGAGGCAUCUUUAUGAUCCCAAAAUGCAGACUGACAAACCUUUUGACCAGACCACGAUUAGUCUGCAGAUGGGCACCAACAAAGGAGCCAGCCAGGCUGGGAUGUUGGCACCGGGUACCAGAAGAGACAUCUACGACCAGAAGCUAACAUUACAGCCAGUGGACAACUCGACCAUCUCUCUUCAGAUGGGUACCAACAAAGUCGCUUCCCAGAAAGGAAUGAGCGUGUAUGGGCUUGGGCGGCAAGUGUAUGACCCCAAGUACUGUGCUGCCCCCACAGAACCCGUCAUUCACAACGGGAGCCAGGGCACAGGAACAAAUGGGUCAGAAAUCAGUGAUAGCGACUACCAGGCAGAAUACCCUGAUGAAUAUCAUGGCGAGUACACUGAUGACUAUCCCCGAGAAUACCAGUAUGGCGAUGACCAGGGCAUUGAUUAUUAGAGCCACACAUGGGAGCACAGUAUUUAGUCCAUUGUUUUUAUCCAGUGAGACCCGAGCUAGCCUUGAGUAAUUCUUCUCUUGUCUUCCUGAAACACUAUUAUGCUUAUUGUACCUUAAAAAAAAUGCCUUACAUACAUUCCUUUUUCCUUUUCUCCCCUAAAUAGUUGCCUUUUAGUGCUGUACAGCUAAAUCCUACAGCAUAACCAAUAACUUGCGUAUGAAGUAAAAAGGAAUACCGUGGAAGGGCAGCCAGUUCUUUUAUUGAAGAUCUAUGCAUUUUUUUUACAGUCUGACACUUAAACUGGUCUUUUCAAACAAUAGGAAACUAUUUUUCUUUUUUACAGUGUAGUGUGUAUCUGGCUUGUACAUGGAAGACUAAAAUGUUGAUUUGCUAAAUGUGGUCUUUGCCAACUAAAUCGAGGAUGCAGCGUUUAGAAUCUGACACAUGGAUGUUUUUCUGCAGUACUGCUUGCUAAGUUUUAAAUAAAGUCAUGAUCAGUGUGCAUCUGUGAUUACAUGUGUACUUAUUCUCUUCCUUAAGCUGACAAGGUCUUUUCCAAGUGGCGCUCCUCCUGAAGGCGUGUAUACAAAAAUGGCCGCAGACACGUAGGCUCGGGUGGUGUGUCCGCAGACUUCAUUUGUGCCAAUGUAUCACUGCAGAUUCUCUGUUCCCUUCAACUGUAUUUAUUGCUGCAUUUCUCAGCAUAAACUUAUCCCAUUGUAUUUUUUAUAAAUAAAUAUUUUUUUUGAACAUU